AUGGACCAAUCCUACGUCCAAGAGCCUAAAGAGGUGCUCAAGCACUUUGAUAUCGCAGAAGAGAAGGGCUUGACUGCACCGAGAGUUGAGGAGAACCGCAGGCGGUACGGCAGCAAUUCGAUACCCGAAGAGCCCCCUACGCCUCUAUGGCAACUAGUCCUCGAGCAAUUCAAGGAUCAACUAGUCAUAAUCCUCCUCGGCUCCGCCGCCAUUUCGUUUGUCCUUGCGCUCUUCGAAGACUCUGACGACUGGACCGCAUUCGUCGAUCCUGUGGUCAUCCUCACGAUCCUUAUCCUGAAUGCGGUGGUGGGGGUCACCCAAGAAAGCAGUGCUGAGAAAGCUAUCGCCGCUUUGCAGGAGUAUUCGGCCAACAAGGCCAAGGUUGUGAGAGAUGGCCGAGUUGCAGAGAUCAAGGCCGAUGAUCUUGUGCCGGGCGAUAUUGUCAAAGUAGCGAUUGGGGAUCGCAUACCAGCAGACUGCCGGCUACUCUCCAUCCAGAGCAAUGCCUUCUCUGUGGACCAGGCCAUCCUGACCGGCGAAAGCGAAUCGGUUGAAAAAGACUGCCGAGCGAUCCAAGAUGCACAAGCUGUAAAGCAAGACCAGACUAACAUGCUCUUCUCUGGUACUACGGUAGUGGUCGGUAACGCAACGGCUGUGGUAGUCCUCACUGGAAGCAAGACUGCCAUCGGAGACAUCCACGAGAGCAUCACAGCUCAGAUCUCAGAGCCUACGCCGCUGAAGGAGAAGCUCGAUGACUUCGGCGACACACUUGCCAAGGUUAUUACUGGUAUUUGCAUUUUAGUAUGGUUGAUCAACAUUCAGCAUUUCAACGAUCCAUCUCACGGCGGCAGCUGGACGAAGGGUGCUAUCUACUAUCUCAAGAUUGCCGUCUCUCUCGGUGUUGCUGCUAUUCCCGAAGGUCUGGCAGUGGUUAUCACAACUUGUUUGGCUCUGGGUACGCGAAGGAUGGCCGCGAAGAACGCAAUUGUUCGAAGUCUGCCUUCAGUCGAGACUCUGGGCAGCUGCAGCGUCAUCUGCUCAGACAAGACUGGCACGUUGACCACAAACCAGAUGAGCGUCCAAAAGGUUGUCCAUCUAAACGAGGCUGGCACCGACUUCGAUGAGUUGCAGGUCGAGGGCACGACUUUCAGUCCAGAUGGGAAGUUGUCUCGAAAUGGCAAGGAGAUUGAAAAUAUUGCCGUGUCUUCAGCCACCAUCAGGCAGAUGGCCGAGGUUCUUGCAUUGUGCAAUGAAGCACGGCUGGCAUAUGAUCCAAAGUCCAAGCUCUUCUCAAACGUAGGAGAGCCAACUGAGGGCGCUCUUCGUGUUCUGGUUGAGAAGAUAGGCACGGCUGACGAAGCUAUCAACAAGCGCCGCGAUCAAUUGCUUUCUGACGCCCGUGUACACUAUGCUAGCCAGUGGUACGAAGAACAGAUUCCGGUGCAAGCGACAUAUGAAUUCUCGCGUGAUCGCAAGAGCAUGUCGGUCCUUGUUGGGAGUGGUACCCCGAGAUUGUUGGCCAAGGGUGCUCCGGAAUCCAUCAUUGAGCGUUGUACUCAUACUCUUGUUGGGUCAAAUGGCAAAAAAGUGGCGAUGACGAAGAAGCACCAAGCCCUGCUUCAACAAGAAAUCGACCUAUAUGCUCGACGAGGCCUCAGAGUUAUUGGACUCGCUCGCGUUGAUGAUAUUGGCGACAAUCCUUUGUUGAAGACGGCGAAGAGCACCCAAGACUACGCAAAACUGGAGCAAAACAUGACAUUCAUCGGGCUUGUCGGCAUGAUCGAUCCUCCACGUCCUGAAGUCGCCGAGGCUAUCCGCAAGUGCAAGAAUGCUGGCAUCCGUGUCAUCGUCAUUACUGGCGACAAUCAACUCACAGCUGAGACGAUUUGUCGUCAGAUUGGCGUCUUUGGACAGGACGAGGAUCUGACUGGCAAAUCCUACACUGGCCGUCAAUUUGAUGAUUUGACCGAGGCGCAGAAGUUGCAAGCCGCAAAGAGCGCUUCGUUGUUCUCCCGUGUCGAGCCAUCCCACAAGUCCAAGCUCGUCGACCUACUCCAAGACUCCAACGAAGUCGUGGCCAUGACUGGCGAUGGCGUCAACGACGCUCCUGCCCUCAAGAAAGCUGACAUUGGUGUCGCAAUGGGUACUGGCACAGACGUGGCCAAAUUGGCCGCCGACAUGGUUCUUGCAGACGACAACUUCGCGACGAUUGAACUGGCAGUAGAAGAGGGCCGGACGAUCUACUCGAACACGCAGCAAUUCAUCCGCUACCUUAUCUCGUCGAACAUCGGUGAGGUCGUGUCCAUCUUCCUAACGGCAGCGCUUGGCUUGCCGGAGGCACUCGUGCCAGUGCAAUUGCUUUGGGUCAACCUGGUCACGGAUGGUCUGCCAGCCACAGCUCUUUCGUUCAACCCCGCCGAUCACGAUGUGAUGAGAAGAGCCCCACGGAAGCGCGACGAGCCUUUGGUCGGAGGCUGGCUCUUUAUCCGAUACCUCAUCGUGGGUACCUACGUUGGUGCUGCCACAGUGUUUGGCUACGUCUGGUGGUUCAUGUUCUACAACGAAGGACCUCAACUCAGCUUCGGUCAGUUGCGUAAUUUCCACCGUUGCGGACCGACGAAUCCACUAUUCAAGGACGUUGAGUGCUCCAUGUUCGCAACAGCAGCGUAUGAGAACCGAGCGGCUUCGACAAUGUCGUUGAGCAUCCUGGUCGUCAUCGAGAUGUUCAAUGCCAUGAAUGCUCUGUCAUCAUCAGAGUCAUUGUUGACCAUGCCGCUGUGGAAGAACAUGAAGCUGAUCUACGCCAUUUGUCUGUCAAUGGCGCUCCAUUUUCUUAUUUUGUAUCAGCCAUUCCUUCAAGGGAUCUUCAACAUCGAUCCACUGAACAAGGCGGAAUGGUUUGCUGUCGUCUGGAUCAGCUUCCCUGUCAUCCUCAUCGAUGAGGCACUGAAAGCUGUCGAGCGAGCGUUCUUCAUGAGACCUGCAGCGCCUGCUCAUUCACAAGACGUCUAUGGCCACAGCAGAGGCAAUGGUCACCAUGCAAAUGGAAAGGUCAAGGCCAACUAG